AACUACGUGGCAACAUUAAUACCGUUACAUUUCCCUCCAUUCCCAAUUUCCAACUAUUUCUCUAUCUUACGCCGUAAGCGCAAAACCAAAACCAAACGAAAAUCCAUAUGCCGUUAACUGCUUCAAUGGGAUUCGGGUCGAGUUCUCUAAUGUGGUUUCGAAAAGGAAUUCGGAUCCACGAUAACCCGGCUCUCGAAUAUGCUUCACAAAGUUGUUCUCAUCUUUACCCGCUUUUUAUAAUCGACCCACAUUAUAUGAAACCCGACCCGAAUGCUUUCUCACCCGGUUCAUCUCGUGCGGGUCUUAAUCGGAUUAAUUUCUUGCUUCAGAGUCUCAGUGAUCUUGAUAUUAAUCUUAAGAAGAUUGGUUCGAGAUUGUUAAUUGUUAAGGGUGAUCCUUAUGAAGUUCUCAUUCGUUGCUUGAAACAGUGGAACAUUGGAAAGUUAUGUUUUGAAUAUGACACUGAUCCAUAUUAUCAGGCUCUGGAUAUUAAAAUCAAGGACUAUGCUCUUAAGACAGGGAUUGAGGUUUUCUCUCCUGUAAGCCACACGCUUUUCAAUCCAACUGAUAUUAUACAGAAGAAUGGAGGCAAGCCGCCGCUUAGUUAUCAGUCGUUUGUCAAGCUUGCAGGGGAACCGCCAUCUCCGCUCUCAACAAGGUAUUCUUCACUUCCUCCGGUUGGCCAUCUUGGAAAUUGUGAUAUUUCUGAAGUUCCAACCAUCAAAGACCUUGGAUAUGGAGAUGCUAAACUGGAGGAGUUCUCUCCUUUCAAAGGUGGUGAAUCAGAAGCAUUGAAAAGAUUGGAAGAAUGCAUGAAAGACAAGAAUUGGGUAGCAAACUUUGAAAAACCCAAGGGUAAUCCAUCUGCAUUUCUUAAGCCAGCAACAACUAUUUUAUCACCUUACUUGAAAUUUGGUUGUCUCUCUUCCAGAUAUUUCUACCAACGCAUUCAAGAUGUAUAUAAAAUUUUGCCAAAACAUACUUCACCACCUGUGUCUCUUCUAGGACAGUUGUUGUGGCGAGACUUCUUCUACACUGCAGCUUUUGGGACUCCAAAUUUCGAUAGGAUGAAAGGCAAUAGGAUAUGCAAGCAGAUUCCUUGGAAGGACGAUGAUAAACUUCUGGAGGCUUGGAGAGAUGCCAAGACAGGAUUUCCUUGGAUUGAUGCCAUCAUGGUUCAGCUACGUCAAUGGGGUUGGAUGCAUCAUUUGGCACGACAUUCUGUUGCGUGUUUUUUAACUCGAGGUGAUCUGUUUGUUCAUUGGGAAAAAGGACGUGAUGUCUUUGAUAGGCUUCUAAUUGAUUCAGAUUGGGCAAUUAAUAAUGGAAACUGGAUGUGGCUCUCAUGUUCAUCUUUCUUUUAUCAGUAUAAUCGUACUUAUUCUCCAACCACAUUUGGUAAGAAGUAUGACCCUAAUGGUGACUAUAUUAGGAAUUUUCUCCCAGUCUUAAAAGAUAUGCCCAAGGCGUACAUCUAUGAACCAUGGACUGCUCCUCCAAGCAUUCAGGCCAAAGCAAAUUGCAUAAUUGGAAAAGACUACCCAAUGCCAGUUGUUUCUCACGACUCUGCAAGUAAAGAGUGUAAAAGGAAAAUGGGCGAGGCUUAUGCAUUGAAUAAAACACUGAAUGGUUUGGUUAGUGAAGAUGAUCUGAAAAACUUGAGGAGGAAAUUGGAUGAGGGUGAAGAUCAAAGAACUAAAGCUAAAAGAUCUAGGCAACUGCUAAUUGGCUGAUGGAAAACUUAACUGAUUUUUUCAACCGUCAUGGUGUGAGUUGUAGUUUAUGCAAAGUUUGGAAUAUUGCUUUACAUUUUUCAUGAUGACAUGUUGUAUAUCAGACAUUCCUUAAUGUAGUGCAUAUUAGUAUCAUAGACUUGUUCUAGCUGCUGUUGUCAUAACACCAAAAAUUUCAUGGCCGACCCUGAUAAUAAACAUUUAAAUUACAAGAUGAUGGUCCAAUUGUAUAUUUUAACUUUAUGAUAA